AUGGCAACUCUUUUGGAUGGUGGCCAGACAGCACAUUCAUCUCUGAUUUUGCUGUUUAAUGUGCAAAUCACUGAGACACCAACAUGCAAUAUCCACAAAAAUUUUGGAAUGGGUGUAGUAGUUCAGUCAACUCAUACAGUAGAGUCAAUUGAGAUUAAAGAUACAUAUGAAGCAGAUUCAGGAAACUAUGUAGAUGAUAUUGCCAUAAUAGUUUUGAAAGCUGAAAUAACAAUCUCAGAUUUUGUGAGACCAGUUUGUGUAGAUCUUGAAAGUAAAUAUGAGAGAGAACAGCUGUCUUCUGGGACUUUUGGCUCUGUGACUUUCAGCCCUACUGCUCGCUUGGGUUCCACUGAAAGGCCAGCAUCAAAUGAUGUCAUACUAACAACCAGAUUGCCAUUUGUUGAGUUUGGUCAGUGUUAUGAACUGUUUCCUGCCCCUUUCAGAACUUUCUUUACUUCUGACAAGUUCUGUGCAGGAUCUACAAAUGGUUCUGAAGUUUGCCUGGGUGAUGCUGUUGGGGGCUUGUUGUUUGAGCGGGAGGUAACAGCCACAACAAAACAGUGGUUCAUUCAAGGAAUAGCAAGCUUAAGUCUACCAUCAAGAGGAGGACAAAUGUGUUCAAGAUACCCUGUUCUUUUCACAAAAGUGAAUGAUCAUCUGGAUUGGUUACAGACCUACUAUGACAAAUAUUAA